GAUUCAGCUCUGGGGCCAAAUCGAGAUCAGCGAGGCUGUUUGCAAUCAGCUGGAUUUGUUUGGUGUGAAGGAAUUGGAAGGUGCAUCCGCCCUUGGAAGGAAACAUGUCCGGGUGGGACAGAGUUCUGUCGAAGCUAUUGCGCGACGUUGAAGCUGGAUGAUGAAAAGAGGAAAGGACUUCAAGGUAUCCGCUGUGGCUGCCAAGGUCUACUUGACUUCGACUUAAUUUGCAAACCAGCCGCCAGCCAGAGACAACUGAAUUUGCUGAGGCUUUUCCUGGAAUCUUGUAUGUUUGCGUACUUAGCUGUCAAGGAGUCCUCGACAACAACAAAUAGAUGAGAUGGCAACAGCAGCUGCGCAAUGUGCUUCAUUCCUGCGUGAAUAAAAGGUGGAUGAAAGUGCUUAAAUCAUCUUGAACCUAUCCAGUCUGAAGUGACACUGUAUAGCUUCCAAGCAAGAAACCCAGCCAGAUCACACGAGGGCAGGAAUGACAUGCCCCUUGACAGAUUGCUCUGACAACCUGGACAGGCUCCUUUCCAAUUCAACUGUAAUUCACCGCAAGUGCCGGUUUAGAAGGCCUAGAUAUUCUUAGAACAUUUGAAAUUGUCUUUUUGACGCCGGUCAAACAUUUGCGCGGUUUUGAAGUGCCGCCGAGGAAGUAUCAGCUAAACACUGCUGUUGAGAAU